AUGUCAUCACAGAUACAUGAAAUUAAAAGGAUAAAGGUAUCACCAGUUAAAGAUAAUUCGAUACUUGCAAAAACCAGGUAUCUUCCUUCAAAUUUAAGAUUACGUGUGGUAGAGCAUCCACAGAAUAUCAAACCUUAUGGAAACUUUGUGCUUGCAAAUGAUGCUCAAAAGCUGGCUGUUUUAAAAUCCAAGGGCUCCUUUUUUGGGGGACUAUCGGAUGACUUAAUUAUGGAAAUCGUUAAUCUGUUGGAUACUCCUGACUUGGUCCAUCUCAUGCACACCAGUAGAUAUUUCUAUGGUUUCGUGAGCUUUGACCAGAUAUGGAGAGAUCUAUACAUAAAACGUUUAUUGCAACGGGAACAAGGAAAAAGCAUAAGAUUUUCAAAGUGGAGAGGUUCCUGGAGAAAUUCGGUGUUAGGUAUAGAUUGUCAAAGCAAAAUUAAUUGUGAUGUUGUAUAUUCUGAUAUACUUUAUGAGCAAUAUCAGAACUCCCAAGUGAAAUAUCAGGAUCUUUUUUCGAAUUUGAUUAAAGAGCAAGAAGUAUUGCGCCAACAGAAGCCGCUUGUCAUGAAGAAUUCUGCCCCUUUAAAAUCAUAUUAUAAGGGGAGAAUUCCUAGGAUUGAUGAAGAAACAUUCACCAUGGAAGAUUACAACACCAACUGGUACAACCACCCCUUUAUUCUACAAUCUGCUGACAAAAACAGAUGGCCUAAAUGGACCACCGAUUAUCUGCAGGACAAAUUUUCUGAUGUUAAGUUCAGACAGGAGUCUGUAGAAUGGCGAUUAUCUCGGUACAUGGAUUAUGCAAGAAACAACAACGACGAAAAGCCACUAUAUUUAUUUGAUUGCAAUUCAAAUGCCACCAGAGAACUUGGAAAGGAAUUUUCUCCUCCACCAUAUGCAAAAGAUGAUCUUUUAAAAGUUCUCGGAGAAAGUCGGCCAGACCAUUUAUGGCUUACCGUCGGGCCAACGAGAUCUGGAUCUGGAUUCCAUAAAGAUCCAAAUAGCACAUGUGCAUGGAAUGCAGUUUUACAGGGAGCAAAGCUUUGGAUAAUGUUUCCACCAGAUAUGCUUCCGCCGGGAAUCCAUACAGAUGAAAGUGAAAGUGAAGUGACCGCUCCUGUUGAUGUUGCUGAAUGGGUUCUUUCAGGUUUCUAUAACGACGCUGUUAAGAUAUCAGACCAAGCCUACAAUAAUCAAGGAUUAAGCUGCGUUAUUGGAAUGACGUUUCCUGGUGAUUGCAUGUAUGUUCCCGCUCAGUGGUGGCAUACUGUAAUAAACUUCGAAGAUACAGUUGCUUUGACUGCGAACUUUGUGCCUAUUGUUCGUCUCGAAGAGGUUCUCAAAUUCUUUAAAAAUAAACAGGAUCAGGUCAGUGGGUUCCAUGCGAAGAAGUUCAGGAAGCAUUUGGAGGAGUUUAUAGUCCAUGAAGGAGACACUUUGGAUAAAAAUAUGCACUCUAAGUUUGAAAAGUUUCUUAAUGCCAGCAACAUGAAAGAUACGGACGAGGACGUAGGGGAGCUCCAUACAUCGACAAUUGACUUACCUGUAUUUGAGUUUCUUGUCGAAAAACUACGCCGAACCAAGUAUUCUGAGAGGCUUGAAAAGGCACUUGAUGCUAUCCGGAAAGAAGAGAAUAAGACGAAACCAUCCGGUAGAUCCCAGCUUUGGGAAAAUCUAGCUAAAGAAAAGAGCAACGGGUUUAGCUUUAGCUUUAACUUAGGCGUUUCAUAA